CGUUGCCAGUUCUCUUUUGGCUUCACUGCGCCGAAAAGGCGGAGGAGCCGAGCCUGGCCGUGCCAGGCAUAAAGAUGGCCGCCCUCAAGGCUAAACUGGUGGCAGGUCUUUUUGCGCGCCUCCACUGGAGAACUCCGCUGGUCAGAGGGUUCUCAGACCGGGCGAUUCCCCAACCUUUGUGGAAGUUGGGUCAGCUCAACCACGUGGCCAUCGCCGUGCCUGACCUGGAAAAAGCCACUGCUUUGUACAGGGAUGUGCUACAAGCCCGAGUGAGUGAGGUCCUUCCCCUCCCCGACCACGGGGUCUACACGGUCUUCGUGGAGCUGGGGAACACGAAACUGGAACUUCUGCACCCCCUGGGAGAAAAGAGCCCCAUCACGGGUUUCCUGCAGAAAAACAAGGCCGGGGGAAUGCAUCACAUCUGCCUGGAGGUGGACAAUAUCGCCAAUGCCAUCGAAGAGCUGAAGAAGAAAAAGAUCCGCGUUCUGAGUGACAAACCACAAAUCGGUGCUCAUGGAAAGCCGGUGGUUUUCCUGCACCCCAAAGACUGCGAUGGGGUCCUGGUAGAACUUGAACAAGCCUAGUUCUCCAAGAAGGAGGAUGUGCCCAUCCCACAUGGCAGGAACUCCUGUUAGCCAAGGAGAGACUUUGCACCUCUCUUCUCUGUGGCACAUAUCUGAGGUGCCCCGGUGGGGCUCCCAAAACUUCAGGGCCCCUAUUUUAAAGGGGCAGGAAUGGCGGCAGUUUCUGCUGAGAAAUCCUGGUCAUCAGCGGGCAUUUUUCAGGGAAUGCACCCCAAUAAACAGUGUAACCGGAAAUAUGGAAGCAAAACUUCCCAUAAAGAAUUACAAAUUUACAAUUAAAAACCAAGGAGAAAUGG